AUGACUGACUACCAGCUGUUGGCAUCACGAAACUUAAAACAUUUCAGCGAAGACUUUGUUAGCAAAUACGAUGAGAAAGAGUCGAUCCAAGCAUUGAGCUUGGUGAUGGCAAAAUCGCUUUUGCAAUUCGACGUAAGUGCCCCAAGAAAGACACUUGAAGAAAGUAACAGCAUUAUUGGAGAUAGCGAUAAAUACGCCUCUGGAUUAACAGUUGAAAAUACCUUACCUCCACUUCCUACUUUCCACCAAGACUUCCCGAACUCGGUCUUCAAGCCAGGUAUCACCUUGCUUGACUUUGCCUGUGGAACCGGGUUAACAACAGAAAAAUUAGUACCAUACUUGGAUUCAAAACAAACCCCUAGUGAGAUUAUCGGAAUCGAUAUCAAUCCAACGAUUCUCGAUUUCUUUAACCAUCGUGCCGAAAAAAACUCUUCGGAAGGUGUUAGAAUCUCCUCCUACGUGUACGAUAUACUCGAUGAAUCAAAACAAGAAGAAUUGGAGAAAUUUAAAGGUGUUGCCGAUGUCAUCAUUUGUACUCUUUCCUACCACCAUUUGAUCUACGAGGAAAUCACCAACAAAUUGGCAGAAUUCUUAAAACCCGGAGGCUGGCUCUUUGUCUACGAUUUCUACAAUGAAGACGUGGAAAAACUCAGUAAAGAAGACAGUUCAGUGGCUCAUAUGGGUGGAUUGAAAAUUGAUAAUAUUAACCAGACUUUCAAAUCUGCUGGGUUGUCCAACGUAUCAAGUGCUAGAGAAAACCGACUCUGGACUUGGACAGAAAAAGUCUUUAUUGAAAGCCACUUCAGCGACGAAACCGUCCAACAGCUCAAUGCCGGUAAAAUCAAACACCGGGACGACGUCUACAUGGUAUCAACCAGUUUGAUAUUGGCAAUUGGCCAGAAAACUUAG